GGCCCGGGGCGGGGCGCUGCAGCCCGCUGAGCCUCCCGCCCGCCCGGGCUGGGGUCUCUCUGGCUCGGACUCCCCUCCCCUCCCGCAGCGGCCAUGGAGGACGACAGGAAGGACGGAGCCUACGGUACGCCACAAAAGUAUGACCCCACCUUCAAAGGACCCAUUUACAACAGGGGCUGCACGGACAUCAUUUGCUGUGUGUUCCUCCUCCUGGCCAUUGUGGGCUAUGUGGCUGUGGGCAUCAUAGCCUGGACCCACGGAGACCCUCGGAAAGUGAUCUAUCCUACUGAUAGCCGGGGCGAGUUCUGCGGGCAAAAGGGCACGAAAAAUGCGAACAAACCCUACUUGUUUUAUUUCAACAUUGUGAAGUGUGCCAGCCCACUGGUCUUGUUGGAAUUUCAGUGUCCCACCCCACAGAUCUGCGUGGAGAAAUGUCCCAAUCGCUACCUCACCUACCUGAAUGCUCGCAACUCCCGAGACUUUGAGUACUAUAAGCAGUUCUGUGUUCCUGGCUUCCAGAACAAUAAGGGUGUGGCCGAGGUGCUUCGAGAUGGUGACUGCCCUGCUGUCCUCACCCCCAGCAAACCCUUGGCCCAGCGAUGCUUCCCAGCCAUCCAUGCCCACAAGGGGGUCCUCAUGGUGGGCAAUGAGACAACAUAUGAAGAUGGACAUGGCUCUCGGAAAAACAUCACAGACCUGGUAGAAGGUGCAAAGAAAGCUAAUGGGAUCCUGGAGGCCCGGCAGCUGGCCAUGCGGAUAUUUGAAGAUUAUACUGUCUCUUGGUACUGGAUUGUCAUAGGCCUGGUCAUCGCCAUGAUGAUGAGCCUCCUGUUCAUCAUCCUGCUCCGCUUCCUGGCUGGCAUUAUGGUUUGGGUGAUGAUUGUCAUGGUGAUUCUGGUGCUGGGUUAUGGAAUAUUUCACUGCUACAUGGAGUAUUCCCGACUGCGAGGUGAGGCUGGCUCUGAUGUCUCCCUGGUGGACCUUGGCUUUCAGACAGAUCUCCGGGUGUACCUGCACUUACGGCAGACAUGGAUGGCCUUCAUGAUCAUUCUGAGUAUCCUCGAAGUUACUAUCAUCUUGCUGCUCAUCUUUCUUCGUAAGAGAAUUCUCAUCGCUAUUGCACUUAUCAAAGAAGCCAGCAGGGCUGUGGGAUAUGUCAUGUGCUCCAUGCUGUACCCGCUGGUUACCUUCUUCCUGUUGUGCCUCUGCAUUGCAUACUGGGCCAGCACUGCUGUUUUCCUGUCCACUUCCAAUGAAGCAGUCUAUAAGAUUUUUGAUGAUGUGUCCUGCCCACUGACUGGGAAAACCUGCAACCCUGAGACGUUCCCCUCCAUCAAUGAAUCCCGCCUGUGCCCUGACGCCCGCUGCCAGUUUGCCUUCUACGGGGGUGAAUCAGGCUACCACCGGGUGCUGCUGGGCCUGCAAAUCUUCAACGCCUUCAUGUUCUUCUGGCUGGCCAACUUCGUGCUGGCCCUGGGUCAGGUCACACUGGCCGGGGCCUUUGCCUCCUACUACUGGGCCCUGCGCAAGCCAGAUGACUUGCCGGCCUUCCCGCUCUUCUCUGCCUUUGGCCGGGCACUCAGGUACCACACAGGCUCCCUGGCUUUCGGCGCCCUCAUUCUAGCCAUUGUGCAGAUCAUACGAGUGAUUCUCGAGUAUCUGGAUCAGCGCCUAAAAGCUGCGGAGAAUAAGUUUGCCAAGUUUCUCAUGACUUGUCUGAAAUGCUGCUUCUGGUGCCUGGAGAAAUUUAUUAAAUUCCUGAACAGGAAUGCCUAUAUCAUGAUUGCCAUCUAUGGCACCAACUUCUGCACUUCAGCCAGGAAUGCCUUCUUCCUGCUCAUGAGAAAUAUUAUCAGAGUAGCUGUCCUGGACAAAGUUACUGACUUCCUCUUCCUGUUGGGCAAACUUCUGAUCGUGGGUAGUGUGGGGAUCCUGGCUUUCUUCUUUUUCACACAUCGUAUCAGGAUUGUGCAGGAUACAGCACCACCUCUCAAUUAUUACUGGGUCCCUAUACUGACAGUGAUCAUCGGCUCCUAUAUGAUUGCCCAUGGCUUCUUCAGUGUCUAUGGCAUGUGCGUGGACACCCUGUUCCUCUGCUUCUUGGAGGAUCUGGAGAGGAAUGACGGCUCGGCCGAGAGGCCUUACUACAUGUCUUCCACUCUCAAGAAGCUCUUGAACAAGACCAACAAGAAGCUUGCGGAAUCCUAACAGCCCCCACCAUCCUCCACCUCUAGGGGAUCCUCACACCAGGUGCUCUGCAGCUGGGUCAAUUCUCCCAGCUCCUGGGGUUUACCUGAAGUCCUGUCACUGCCGCUCUGCCCCCUUCCUCAUUAACUAGUUUCUAGGGACCUGGAAAAUUGGGAGCAUCUCCUCCCUGUGCCAAAGGGCACUUGGAGUUUUCAUAGUGCCCCCCUAAGACUGCAGAGUGAGUCUAGUCUCUCUAGCCCUCACUGGCCUGAAUGGAGAAAUCCAGUGGGAUCUCUUGAUGUCUGGGAAGCAAUGUGGCCUGACCUCUGCAAGCUCCUUUAUGCUUCCUGUCCCUCUCUUCAUGGCAAUGGGACAGACUACAGGAAGGACAGCAUUUGUGUCUGAGUGAACUCUGGCUCUAAACUCUUCCAUUUACUGCUGCCCGCCCCUGCCAGGACUGAACCCCUUCUCCAUGGCUGAACAGUUAACUCAAGGGCCGCCAGAAGCAUUUCUUAUUAUUUUUUUAACCUGGGCGUGCACUAAAGGGUCUAUUAGCUUUUUUUCCAUCUGUCUCAACAGCUGAGAUGGGGUCACCAAGGAGUGCCUUCCUUUGCCCACUCCCUGCCAGGCGUGGCUGGGGUGAAAUCUUAUGUGCCCAGGUGGGGGUAUCUUCUGGUUGGGGGCAGGGUGUUGACGGGAGGAGAGGGAGGGAAGGAGACUGUUAGAGGACUGCAGGGGAGCACGCCUGGGUGGCCAGGGUGGAGGAGACAACUAAUAGCUGCUUAAUGGAAACCUCCUGGCUGCGUGGCUAGGUUGGGCUGGAUUUCCCCACUUCCUCUACCAGUUAGGACAUAGCUCUCUUUGUAAGAGAGGAAAGAAACCCAAGGGAUGAUUUCAGGAGGAAAGCUGGGGGGCUGGAUGCCCCAGGCAAACCAGGCUCCUCUACCCACAUACCUCACCUUGAGGACCCUUUUGCCAAACUUGUGAACUCUGGGAACCUGGUUUCCUGGUUCCCCCUUUGCCAUAUUCCAAACGCCCUGCCCCUUCCCCCACCAUCAUGUCUCUGCUCAUCAGCACUGUCCCAGGAUCCUGGAGAGGAAGUAUCCCCAGCCUAGGGUCUCCUGUGUCCUGUGCCUGCCCUGCCUGCCAUCCUGUCUGCACACCCCUGCGUGUAACUGCAUUCCAACCACGAAUAAAGUGCCUAUUGUACAGGUC